AAGAAAUUUGGGAUGUAGAUGAAGUUAAGGAAGGAGAAGAAGAAGUUAAGGAUGGAGAAGAAGUUAGGGAAGGGGAAGAAGUUAAGGAUGGGGAAAUAGUUUGGGAUGGGGAAGAAGUGAAGGAAGGAGAAGAAGUUAGGGAGGAAGAAGAAGAAGAAGUUUUGGAUGGACAAGAAGUCAAGGAUAAAGAAGAAAUUAUGGAUGGGGAAGAAGUUAAGGAGGGAGAGAUGAUUAUCAUGGAUGGAGAAGAAGUCAAGGAAGGAGAAGAAGUCACGGACGGAGAAGAUGUUAUGGAAGGAGAAGAUGGUUUGGAUGGAGAAGAAGUUAGGGAAGGAGAAGAAGUUAGGCAAAGAGAGGAAAUUAAAGAAGGAGAAGAAGUUAAGGACGGAGAAGAAGUUUGGGAUGGAGAAGAAGUUUGGAAUGGAGAAGAAAUCAAGGAGGAAGAAGAAGCUAAGGAAGGAGAAGAAGUUAUGGAUGGAGAUGGAGAAGAAAGUUCGGAUGUAGAUGAAGUUAAUGAAGGAGAAGAAGAAGUUAAGGAUGGAGAAGAUGUUAGGGAAGGGGAAGAAGUUAAAGAUGGGGAAAUAGUUUGGGAUGGCGAAGAAGUGAAGGAAGGAGAAGAAGUUAGGGAGGAAGAAGAAGAAGAAGUUUUGGAUGGAGAAGAAGUCAAGGAUAAAGAAGAAAUUAUGGAUGGGGAAGAAGUUAAGGAGGGAGAGAUGAUUAUCAUGGAUGGAGAAGAAGUCAAGGAAGGAGAAGAAGUCACGGACGGAGAAGAUGUUAUGGAAGGAGAAGAUGGUUUGGAUGGAGAAGAAGUUAGGGAAAUAGAGGAAGUUAAAGAACGAGAAAAGUUAAGGAUGGAGAAGAAUUUUGGGAUGGAGAAGAAGUUUGGAAUGGAGAAGAAAUCAAGGAGGAAGAAGAAGCUAAGGAAGGAGAAGAAGUUAUGGAUGGAGUUUUGGGAUGGGGAAGAAGUGAAGGAAGGAGAAGAAGUUAGGGAGGAAGAAGAAGAAGAAGUUUUGGAUGGAGAAGAAGUCAAGGGUAAAGAACAAAUAAUGGAUGGGGAAGAAGUUAAGGAGGGAGAGAUGAUUAUCAUGGAUGGAGAAGAAGUCAAGGAAGGAGAAGAAGUCACGGACGAAGAAGAUGUUACGGAAGGAGAAGAUGGUUUGGAUGGAGAAGAAGUUAGGGAAGGAGAAGAAGUUAGUGAAAGAGAGGAAGUUAAAGAAGGAGAAGAAGUUAAGGAUGGAGAAGAAGUUUGGGAUGGAGAAGAAAUCAAGGAGGAAGAAGAAUCUAAGGAAGGAGAAGAAGUUAUGGAUGGAGUGGAAGGGGAACAAGUUAAGGAUGGGGAAUUAGUUUGGGAUGGGGAAGAAGUGAAGGAAGGAGAAGAAGUUAGGGAGGAAGAAGAAGAAGUUUUGGAUGGAGAAGAAGUCAAGGAUAAAGAAGAAAUUAUAGAUGGGGAAGAAGUUAAGGAGGGAGAGAUGAUUAUCAUGGAUGGAGAAGAAGUCAAGGAAGGAGAAUAA